AUGGAUACACCGAAAGCUGCUUCACAUGGAUGGAGAGGGAUCCUGGUGGGGAGAGAUCUGCUUGUAACCAACCUGAGCAAAGCCAUUGGAGAUGGAGAAAGUACACUGGUGUGGAAAGACCCUUGGCUAAGCAUGGACGAGCCGUUGAGACCGGUUGGUCCAAUGCAAGAGAUCCACCAAGAUCUUUGCAUCGCGGAUCUCCUUUGCAGAAGAACUACGGAAUGGAAUAUACCAAAGAUACUGAGCAUCCUUCCCCAGCACUUACCAGAGAUUUUUCUUAUCAAACCGAGUGUUACAGGAGCGACAGAUUCCUACGUGUGGUUGGCUUCCAAAUCAGAGAUGUACUCAGCCAAGUCUGGCUAUUACGCAGCAACAGCAGUUGAAGCAGAUCCGCCGCUUCUGCGGAAGUCGUACCACCCUAAACUCUCCCUAGUCUCCAAGACCUUCCGCUCUCUCAUCUUAUCCACCGAGCUCGUCCACGCACGGUUUCACCACAAAACACAAGAACCGUUCUUUUCCAUAUGUUUACAGCUUCCCGACCGUCCUCGUCCCUCGUGGUUCACCCUCUGGGUGCAACCUGAUCAAGUCGAGAAGAAGAAAGCUACAUUUGUGCAAGUGCCGUCUUCUUCCUAUGCUCCUCGAGUACCACUGCUAAUUCGCGCGGUUGGUUCAGAUGUCUACGCGUUAAGACAAGGUUACCCUCCGUCCACAGUCAUGUUAGUCCGCAACAGAGAGAACUUUUUAUGGAGUAAAGCACCUAACAUGACUGUAGCUAGAGUGAAUCCAGCUGCAUGCGUACUCGACGGGAAGAUAUACGUGUUGGGAGGUUGCUGCGAGGCCGCCGCGAAAAGCUGCUGGGGUGAGGUUUUCGAUACAAAGACUCGAACCUGGGAGACUUUACCUGACCCUGGAGGCGAGCUUCGGUUCUCUUCAGUGAUUAAAAAACUAGAGAUUAUCGGAGGGAAGGUUUACGUUACGAGUAACGAGGGGGAGGAAGACUCUGUCUACGAUCCGAAAACGCGUAAGUGGGAGGCUAUAGAUUGGCAGCUAUGAGCAAGGCUAAGGUUAUGAGAGAGUUCCAAAAGCAGUCUGCGCAAAUGGACAUGACUGUCAAUCGGUUGGCGGGGC